AUGAUUCUCAAGUCUACGCUGUUACUGUGUCUUGCAUUCACAGCAGAUGCAUUUGCAGUGCGGCGUGGUGCAAAUGAUUGGUCUGCACCCAAUGUCGGUGAUCGCCGCAGCCCGUGUCCCAUGGUUAACGCUCUCGCCAAUCAUGGGUAUCUCCCUCGUAAUGGGUUGAAUGUCUCCCUUGCAGACCUCAUUACUGGCUUCACAGCUGCCGUAAACUUGGAUCCCGCUGCAACCACCCUGGUUGGACAAAAAGCCCUUCUCACUUCUACUACUGGAAAUAACGCGACAUUCAACUUGGACGAUCUGAACACCCACGGGAUUAUUGAGCAUGACGGUAGUUUGAGUCGCAACGACAUCUAUUUUGGCGACAACCACUCGUUCAACAUGACCAUUUGGGAGUCUGUGGCGUCUUACUUUACUGAUUCAACUAUCUCGAUUCCGACAGCCGCAAAGGCCAGAGUAGCACGUCUUCAAGCCGCUGCCGCUGCCAACCCACAAUUCAAUCUUACGGCCGAUGGUACUCAGUUCAGCUUCAUUGAAACUGCUCUCUAUCAGUCUGUAUUUGGCAACUUGGAUGAUGGCAAUGCCAGGACCGAUUGGGUUAGAGUGCUGUUUGAGAAAGAACGUCUUCCCUUUGAAGAAGGGUUUUCUAGAUCGGCUUCACCAAUUACUGCAGCGGGAAUUCUUAGCUUGGUUAACAAGGUUGCAGCAGCAAGUAUUUAG